GGUUACGUAGACUAUAAAUCACUAAAUAUGCGGAAUGGCUACCUGAGAGUUUGAAGAAAUACUAUUCAUGCCAGAAAAUGCUUUUCCAGGAACAUGCUCCCCGGCUGUGAAACGACACAUCCGCGCCUGUAGCUUUGGUUUUAUGAAGUCGGUUUGUAACGUCGCUGUUGAAUUGAUCAAAUCUAGAGGAGCUCACGUUUCAGUCGAAGCUCGUCGACUCGGAGCAGAGAUGUGUAAAGAGCUCAAGACCAAAGUGCUGCGUUUACUGCCGCCGACCUCCAACGGGCCGACUAUUCAUCAGGAGGGCCAAACAGAUGGUGCUGAAAUCCUGAAUCACACAGUUAAGGCCCUGAAGGAGGGCCAUGUUGUUGCUGUUCCCACAGACACCAUCUAUGGCCUGGCAUGUCUGGCCCAGAACUCUGAAGCCAUCAGAAAAACCUACGACAUCAAAGGACGAAAUGGACAGAAACCACUGGCCAUCUGUGUAGGAGAAAUUCAGGAUAUCUAUAAGUACUGUAAGGUGAAGGUGCAGAAAGAGCUGUUAGAAGACCUACUGCCUGGUCCAGUCACUCUGGUGUUUGAAAGGUCUGAAGUACUGAACACAGAUCUCAACCCCUUUACCUCAUCAUGUUUUUGUGUCCCUCAGCUUGUAGGCGUACGCAUCCCAGACCAUGCCUUUAUGAGACGCCUUUGCCAGAUGUGUGGGGAGCCACUGGCACUCACAAGUGCCAACAUCAGCUCACACACCAGCACUCUGGAAGUACAUGAGUUCCAGGAGCUCUGGCCCAAACUAGCAGUGGUGGUGGAUGGUGGACCAAUAGGAGACCAGAGCCGCCUCGGAUCAACAGUGGUCGACUUAUCAGCACUCGGCAAAUACCACAUCAUCAGGCCAGGCUGUGCCCUCUCCUCUACGGUUGAUGUGCUGGAGCGCAAAUACGGACUGUCAGAGGGCUCAAAAGAAUGACCUUUGAUCUCUCCACACUCCUCAACGCACGCUGAGACGCACAACCAGCUUUGACCCUGGGGCCUCUUGAGAAAAGAUGAAUCCUUUUCAUGUUCAUGUAGAAGAAUUAGUGUUUCCCAGGAAAGAUGAAAACUCACGAACAACUCAAGUCUUAAACCACAGAUAUUGUUCUGGAGGCUGCUUUAAGGUCUGGGGUUUCUUCUUCUUCUAAUGAUCAUAUUUUCUGCCUUACCAUGUGUCUACUAUCAUAGGUUUAUGUGGGAUUUUAAACUGAGGGUCACAGUUCUUACUAUUUAUUUAGAAAAAUAGAGCAAGGUCAGCUAUAACAUGGGAUCUUUUUUUUUUUUUUGCAUAAACAGAAAUCUUUAUAUCUUUUUUUGUAUUGUCAAAUCAGUGUGGCUUGACUGAGAAUACAAUGGUUUGAGCUGAUAUUGUGACUAUUUCAUUAGUGGUUAAAAGUGUUAUGAGCACUGUGACCUGCACUGACUGUGCAUCAAAUUUUAUGAGUCCAGAACUGUUUUUAAAUAAAUGAUUUAAUCAGUUUAAAUAGUGUGAGGCUUACACUACAAUUGGUCACCAGCAAACAGUUACAAUAACUCUGUUUUAUGUUGUAGAUUAAGCUACAUUUACAAGUUGGGAAAUACUGUAAUAUUUUGAGCUGUUAGUUUGCACAUGGACCAAGUGGAUUCAGGUAUGAAAUUUGUCACUUGCAUGUUAAAAACAGGCAUUUUUAAAAAAUGCUCAUUGCCUGAUAUAAACUUUAACCUUGGCACAGCCACAAUAAAACAUUUUUUUUCUUCAGUA